AUGAACGGCGAGGAGGAAAGUCAUCCCACUAAAAGGUUGGAGGAAAGUAACCGAGAGGGAUACCACCAUCAUCCGAUGCGAAGACCCAAUGAAACCCAUUUUAGAGCAUCCGAGAGGGGGCCCCAAAACGUUCCCUGUGAAAGUACAACAGCACCCCUCCAAACAUAUUACCACCAGGAGAAUGACCAGGUGUACUCCAGGCAGGAAACGUUACUUCCUAAAUGGGGCAAUUAUCAGAAGGAUUCUUUUGGACAUGACCAGUCCUGGGAUAAGCACGCAGUAGAGGAGACGCAAAAUGAGCAGCUCUGGGGGGGACACCAACCCAAUAAUGACGGCAUAGGAGAAUUACCCUAUAGAGAUGCGCAAAAUGGAGCAAUUUUUAACAGCUUCAUGAGGGUCCCCCUUAACGUGGACCAAGUCAGAAUGAGCAGAGGACUUCCCCAUGGUGGAAGCAUGCACAUGAAUAAUUGGAUCUAUCAUCCUACUCAGAACAACCAACAUAUGGUUCGUGCGGAUCAUCACGCUUAUGCAGGCAUGACUGGUGCGUCUGUUCCUUCUUCCUCCGGUGUUAACACGUCUGGAGGCUUCCCCACGGGUUACGACCCGCGAGCGGUUGGUAGUGUGCACCCGUCAGUGGGACUCCAACAGGGGUACCCCCCCUGUGUUGACAACCCAAACGGCGCCAGAGAGGGUUACUGCGCCAUACCAGGGAACAACACCUAUGCGGCGGAAUCUCUUCCAAAUUAUAAUGACCAACGUAGAGGCAGCUAUGGCCAGUACGGAGGUAACAGUGGAGGGGAGAACCCUAAGCGGGAGGCAGUAAACAGGCGGAGGUACCAACCCAGUGGAGGUGGUGUGCGGGACCUAAAUGGGGAAUUCCAUUAUAGAACCUGCGCUGAUGAGGGUGAUUCCCCCUAUGGAGUGAAUUUGUACCGGGGGGGUAACUCUGGAAACCACAGCAACUCCAGCAAGGGAAAUCGUUUUGUUGGAAACCGCUUCCAGAAGGCCCGCCCAGCAGCACCCACUGAAGGGAACGGCCGAGAAGUAUCCGGUCCGGGGGGGGUCAAACCCAAGAGGGAGAAGAAAAUCCCGCUGACGGAGGACAGCCAAAAGAGCGCCCAGAGGAACAUACAAAAGCUUUCCAUUUACAAGUCCAGAAGUGAAAUCCUAAAAAUGAUAGAACAGAAUGACAUAACGUUUAUACAAGGUGAAACAGGCUCAGGAAAGUCAACAUGUGUUCCCAAGUUUUUGCUGGAACAGAGUCUGAAAGAAGGGAAAGAAAAAAUAAACAUUAUUGUUACUGAACCGAGAAGAAUCGCCUGCAUUUCCUUGUCCAGGAUUCUCUCAGAGCUCAUGAACGAGAAACUAGGCAACAGAAUAGGAUAUAGAAUUGCAGGGGAGGCAGUCUACGAUAACGAGAGGACUGUAGUCACCUACAUAACUGUUGGGUUUCUUUUUAAGUUGUUUCUUCAUCAUAGAAAUAUGUAUAAGAAAUUUACGCACAUCGUCAUCGAUGAGAUUCACGACCGGAGCAUCCUCCUGGAUAUCGUGUUGCUUUUCAUUAAGGUAUACCUGCACAGUAGGAGGAAGGACGAGAAGAUUUUCAAGCUGAUUAUAAUGUCAGCGACGAUGCAGAGCAACCUGUUCCAUUCGUACUUUGAGCAUGAGAACAUUUCCAUUGGGUCCAUAUAUAUAGGUACGAAGAUUUAUAGUAUUGAUACGUUUUAUAUAGAGGACAUAAUAAGGUAUGCGCGGGAAGGGGGCAUCGAUGAGCAGAAUCAGAGCGACAGAGAAGGGGGGGACAAACCUUCAUCAGGCGGUUCGUUAGAACACCCCCCCAGGUGCGAAAAGGUAAUCGAAUUCAUCCUGCGGCGGAAGAACCGCACCAAGCUGCACCUAUCCAGGAGAGGAGAAGCACUACUGCAAAGAAUAAAGAACGAAUACGACAAGAGCAUAAGCCUGUUCAAUUCGAAAAACGCCCAAAGCGAGUCGAACAAAGACAUCGACGUGGAACAAAUAAUACCGGCCAACGUAUUUUCCAACAUUUCGGAGCUGUGCCUGGAGUUAGUGCACAACUUAUGUCUUCUCGGAGACAGCGUUCUGAUAUUCCUGUCGGGAAUGCAGGACAUAACAGACAUGUACCACCAGCUGUGCAUCCUGAUCAACAACAACGCGAACAAGCAUAAGGUUAGGUACCACAUACAUAUACUGCAUAGCUGCCUUUACGACAACACGAUUCAUAAGUUACACGAAAGUGACAGGGACAUCAUUAACAUUUUUCUCUCUUCUAACAUCGCGGAGAGUUCCAUCACCAUCCCAAAUGUGAGACUAGUCAUCGACUUCUGCAUUCAGAAGAACAUUGAAUACAAUUCGGACAGGAGGGCACACAUAUUGGUAAAAAAAUGGAUUAAUAAGUCGUCCAUGGAACAGAGGAAGGGGAGGUGCGGGAGGACAUGCCAUGGAAUAUGCAUCCGGAUGAUUAGCAAGAAUUUUCUGAACCUCCUAAAGGAUCAUAAAGUUAGCGAGGUUUACACGCAUAGUCUGCACCUGCUGUACCUUUACAUAUUGAAGAGCAUGUCGGUGUUGGGUCAGCUAAUUAGGGGGUCGAACAAAGCAAGUGUGCAGGAUAUUCCACCUGAUGAUGGGUCUACCACCAAAGUGGAUGCACUACCACACAAUAAUAAGCUAACCAUGCAUGAUGUGCUGAGCAUGAUUAUCGAGAAGCCAUCCAGAGAGAAGAUACGCAGUACUAGACACGAGUUAGAAAAAAUGAAGGCAGUCAUUAAGAUAAAGGAUAAGCUAGUCAUUUCCAUCAUUGGACAGAUUAUGAUUCGCUUCAACAUGAGCAUCUACCUCUGUCGACUACUCCUCUUCGGGGUUGUAAUGGACGUAACAUUCGACGCGAUUAUUAUAGCGUCCAUAAUCAACACGAACGAUAUUUUUCCAUCCUUUAACCUGUUUACAUCGAAGAGUGUAUACUCUUACGGGGUGUCCCUGGAAGCGUCCCUCAAACAGAAGCAGUACUUUGACGGCAAAACGUAUUCUGAACCCAUCAUGCUCAGGAACGUCUUCAUCGAAUGGCUAUGUGUAUUUUCCCUCUACGUGCAGGAUCUGAAAAAUCAAAACAACUUUGUGAGGUCUCACUUGAAGAGUUAUUACGUCACCACCUGCACAAUAAUGAGCAAGAGAAACAACAUCAAUGCGAAGAAGCUGCUCUCCGUGAUAAGUAGCGUCAACAAUUUGUGCAGACGGUUGUUAAAAAUACUGAACAGAGAUAGCAAUGCGUACAGGUCGGCCGUCUACCUUUUGGAUCUCCUCAAGGGGGAAAUUCCUCCAACAAGUUUGAGCAGCGAAUUAUCACCUAAUGGAGGGGUGGAUGAAACGCUAAACUGGAAGAACGUCUUCCGCGUCGUUACGAAAUACGCACGUUACGACCCUUCUAAUGAAAACCUUUAUUUGAAGUUUCUCUUUUCCCUUGCUUUCACCCCCCUGUUUAUCCAUGGGUCUCCACAUUUACCUAUCCAAACGGAAUCUGAAAAGAAGCCCAAGGGGAAGAAGCUGCUCGCCCUACUAAACUACAUGACGCAACAAAAAUUGAACGUAAAAAAUUGCAUCUAUUUUAGGGCACCCCACUACGAUCUGAACAUCUUGAGGAGGGCCCUGUUCAUCAUGUGUCCCUAUUUAUCCUUCGAGUUACUGAGGAAUAAGAACUUUUACAUCAUUCAUUUUUUAGACCAGGGGGGUGUCAACAAGUACUUGAAUGAGUCUAUCCCCCUCAACGGGGUUUCCUCCCCUGCGCUCACCGAAGGGGAAGAGACCCACUUGAACCACAGCAACCGUAGCAACAACUAUGGGGUGCUAGUUGGGCCUGAACUUGGGAAGGUCCUCUCAAACAAGGCAAACCAGGUACUCUAUGAAGGAACGAUUGAGCAAAUAAGGAGGGAGCUACUUCACAUGUACGGAAAGGAUGUAGAGAGGAACAUUUUUUUUAACUUUCACGAGAAUAUCAUUAGGGUGGUUGAGCCUGUCCAAGCCAUAGUCCCCGUCCAUGUAAAUCAGAAGGACGAAAUUAACAACGCGUCUCUCUGUACCAACAUCAUUAACAUGUUUUCCAGUGGUCGUCAUUGCUUUAGCAUUCCCAUGUGGAAGGGAUCCCUCCAUGGCGGUUCCCAUUAUCGGUCUGGUGCCUCUCGAGUCAGUAACUAUUUUAACCACAACUACGAGAUGAACAAACCCAAGCAUCUCUUCCUCGUGAAGUGGACCCUCCUAAACACCGACAAUUACAAAAUCAGCAAACGGGAGAAGGCGGAAAGGGAGCUGCGGCGCGCGGAACGGCAGGCCCAGAAGCUGGGGAAAAAUAAUAAGGGACAACAAACAGGGGAAUGUAAAGACGAUAACGUGGGUUGCACUGAUUUCCGUGCUAACCAGUGCGAGGAGGAUGAUGAAGUGGGAGAAGAUGAAGCCCCUCCGAAACGCGACGACCAAAACGGUGCCAACUCGGAAGAACAGAAAGGAGAAGCCGCUUUAAGCAACUGCACCUCCGACUGCUCCGACCUCAGCAACAAAGGUAAAAAAAAAAAAAUGAAGUGCAAUUUGAAUUUCAAGUCGGUUCUGGGCUUCCUCUCCCUGUGCCCAUUUGACUACGAUGCAGAAAAGGGGAUAUACAAAAGACAGACGCAAGACGUCUUUGCAGUCUGCUCAAGCAUCGACUACAGCUGCACCAAUGAUACAUACACGUGGGUGAAUUACGCCACCGUUAUUCCGAACAAAUAUUUUCUAAGUUUCUUUCUGUCAUCUCUACCCUACCAUGACAACGUUAUCCUAAACACCAGAACAAAUUUGAGAGGGUUCGACGUUCUGUCUGUAAAGAUUUUCGAUUCGAAAGAGAUAGUUAUUCUUGACGUGAGGAAGAAGAAGUCCAAGGGGGGUGACGCAACGACUGCGGAGGGGGACAAUAGAGGAAUAGCAUCGGAAGAGACCAACCCAGGUGCCUCCCAAAGCGCAUUGACCAUUAACAAGUACGACUUGCUACGCAUCAAUUACUUGCGGUACUGCCUAUCCACCUUUUUGUUCUUCCUCACGUGGGUGUAUAACAACCGGGAUGAGGAGGAGUACCGCAUGGAGAACAACGCGUUGGGGGUGAAGCGCGCCUCUACGGCAUCGGCGGGGUCCGCAUUUGGCCAAGCGAGCACCGAUCGGGUAGCCCAGCCGAAGCGGCAAAGUGACAGCACGGGUGAUUAUGGUGGUGAUGAUGAAGGGAAUGGGCACCCCGACGUGACAGACGAGGUGAACGAGCCGGACGAAUACUUCAGCGAAGACGACGCAAUGAGUGACGUGGAGGAAAACCGCGUGCUGAGGGAAAGCCCCUACAUCAGCAGAGUCAUACAAAACCUAAUUGAAGAAAAUAAUAGGGAGGAAAUAAACUACGACAUGUACGCAGUGGGGCAAGAUGACGAUGGUGACGGCCCAGGUGACUGUGACGGCACUGUUCUUCCCAACGGACGGGAAAGGGGAACACAAUUCAACCUAAGCUUACUUCAUGCAAAUGAAGACUUAGCAACCUUGGACGCAGCAUGGAAUGAUGGAAAAGGGGAACAUCUCCUGAAGAUGUUUGACCACCUGUACAGUUACCUAAGCUCCCCAAAUGACCCAUCGUUAGCUAACAGUCCCCCUCGGGAGAAAUCCCAGACAUGCUUAUCCUCAGUGAAGAAGUGCCACUUGAAUAAUAGCAUCUCCCUUCAGAUUCUGCAGUCCGUGAAUGCAUAUGCGAAGGGCUGCACGUCGGAAGAGUUCCUCUUUUUUAGUCCAAUCAACUUGGGGCCAAUGGAAGAUUUGAAUUACCGCCUGCGGUGCAUGUACUACGAGGAGUGCACUCCAGAUAGGGACACUACACACAGUCGCUCAAACAGCCAGUAG